AUGCCACCAAAGCCAUCUGCUAAGGGAGCGAAGAAAGCUGCGAAAUCGCAAAAAGUUCGAGGUAGUGAUAAGAAGCGAAAAUCUCGACGUAAGGAAUCGUACUCCGCAUAUAUCUAUCGUGUCUUGAAGCAGGUUCAUCCCGAUACAGGCAUUUCGUCGAAGGCAAUGUCGAUCAUGAAUUCGUUUGUGAACGAUGUUUUCGAGCGCAUUGCCGCGGAGGCAAGUCGUUUGGCUCAAUAUAAUAAGCGUUCGACAAUUUCGUCUCGUGAAAUUCAAACUGCUGUUCGACUUAUUUUGCCCGGUGAACUAGCAAAGCAUGCUGUAUCUGAAGGAACCAAAGCUGUUACCAAAUAUACUAGUUCGAAGUAG